UCCAUGACAGAAAAUCAGUCAACUACCCUAGCUGUGAAGCCACACGGCACGCCCAUUUCUAACGAAAAUGGCAGCGCUUCUUCCUGUGCUGCUCGCCCACCUGCUCCUCCUCUGCGCCCAUGGCGCCACUGCCUCCGCGGCCGCGACGCCGCCGCCCCUACCGAUCCUGCCGGUCCCGUCCUUCGCGCAGCUCCGGUGGCAGCUCUCGGAGAUGGCGCUCUUCCUCCACUUCGGGCCCAACACCUUCACGGACUCCGAGUGGGGCACCGGCCACGCCGACCCCUCCAUGUUCGCGCCCUCGGCGCUCGACGCGGGCCAGUGGGCGCGCGUCGCGGCGCGGGGCGGGUUCGGCCGCGUCGUGCUCACGGCCAAGCACCACGACGGCUUCUGCCUCUGGCCGUCGGCGCUGACCAAUUACUCGGUGGCCGCCUCGCCGUGGCGGGGCGGGGCCGGGGACGUCGUCGCCGAGCUCGCCGCCGCCGCGCGCACGGAGGGGGUCGGGCUGGGGCUGUACCUCUCGCCGUGGGACCGCCAUGAGCCGGUGUACGGGGACACCAUCGCGUACAAUGAGCACUACAUGGGCCAGAUGACAGAACUGCUUACCAGGUAUGGAGAUGUCCAGGAAGUUUGGCUUGAUGGUGCAAAGGGCGACGCGAAGAAGAUGGAUUACAUGUUUGAUGCCUGGUUUGCACUUAUACAUCAGCUACAACAAAGGGUAGUUAUCUUCUCAGAUGCUGGGCCAGACACUAGAUGGGUGGGAGAUGAGGCUGGGGUCGCAGGUUAUACUUGCUGGUCUCUCUUCAACAAGAGCUCCGUGACGAUUGGGCACACCACUGACGAAUACCAACGCAGUGGGGAUCCUUUUGGGCAAGACUGGGUUCCUGCAGAAUGUGAUGUCUCCAUCAGGCCAGGUUGGUUCUGGCAUGCCUCAGAGAAACCAAAAAAUGCAACAACUCUGCUUGACAUAUACUACAAAUCAGUUGGUAGAAACUGUCUCCUCAUUUUGAAUGUCCCUCCCAAUUCAUCUGGCCUCAUUUCUGAUGAAGACAUGCAAGUCCUUCAGGAAUUCACUGAGAUUCGGCAUACAAUUUUCUCUCAGAACUUUGCUGCCAAUGCCACUGUCACAGCAAACAGUGUUCGUGGUGGGCAGGAUAAUCUGCAGUUUGCACCGUCCAAUGUGCUCGAAGACAGCAUAUACUCCUAUUGGGCUCCGCAGGAAGGGCAAACCAGCUGGGAAAUGCUCUUCGACCUUGGGCAAUCUGCUUCCUUCAAUGUGCUCCAGCUCCAGGAGCCUAUACAGCUGGGACAGCGUGUUAUCGAGUUUCAUGUGGAUAUCCUUAUAGAUGAACUGUGGCAAACAAUUGUUGAAGCCACGACAAUUGGGUACAAGCGGCUGCAGAAAUUCCCAGUUACUGAAUCUCAAUACCUGAAGCUAUCUAUCAUUAGUGCACGAGCAGAUCCACUGAUCUCAUUCUUCGGUGUCUUCAUGGAUUCUUUUUCAGACAGUUAUAACUUAGAGAAUCGCGACAAGAGAGCAAAUAGCAGUGAAGUUAUAAUCUUGACGACAGGCAAUGCAGCUGGCAACAGGAGUACUGCUGCCAUGUGGCGCGAGACCUACAACUCCUGGCUCGCCAAGGAGCCCUUCGCGACGCUCAUCCCUCCCCACUGCGAGCACCUCCUGAACGCCGCCUACUCCUUCCUCGUCUCCCACAGCUAUGUUAACUUCGGUGUCGCGCCGUCCAUCAAGGAGCGCAUCCCCAAGGAGCCCACGAGGCCUACCACCGUCGUCGUCAUUGGCGCGGGCCUUGCUGGGCUCGCCGCGGCACGGCAGCUGGUGGCGUUCGGGUUUAAGGUUAUAGUCUUGGAGGGCCGCAAGCGCUGCGGUGGCCGCGUGUACACAAAGAAGAUGGAAGGCAGUGGGCGGUCAGCUGCUGGUGAUCUUGGUGGCAGCGUGCUUACUGGGACGUUAGGCAACCCGCUGGGAAUUGUGGCGAAGCAGCUCGGCUUGCCAAUGCACAAGAUUAGAGACAAGUGCCCACUCUACCGUCCGGAUGGAUCACCAGUUGACCCAGAGGUGGAUAAGAAAGUAGAGAUUACAUUUAACAAGCUUCUUGAUAAGUCAAGCAACCUGCGAUCAUCCAUGGGGGAGGUGGCAGUGGAUGUUUCACUUGGGGCUGCUCUCGAGACAUUACGCCAGACAGAUGGAGGCAUAUCCACACAGGAGGAAAAGAACUUGUUCAAUUGGCAUCUAGCAAAUCUCGAGUAUGCCAAUGCGGGAUUGUUGUCGAGGUUGAGCCUUGCGUUCUGGGACCAGGAUGAUCCAUAUGACAUGGGUGGGGAUCACUGCUUCUUGCCUGGUGGCAAUGGGAGACUUGUGCAAGCCCUGGCAGAGAAUGUGCCGAUUGUUUAUGAGAGGACGGUGCACACUGUACGAUAUGGAGGGGAUGGGGUGCAGGUGGUUGUCAAUGGAGGGCAGGUGUAUGAAGGGGACAUGGCACUGUGCACAGUUCCACUUGGAGUUCUGAAAAAUGGAGGCAUCAAGUUUGUACCUGAGUUGCCACAGAGGAAGCUUGAUAGUAUUAAGAGGCUUGGAUUUGGGCUAUUGAACAAGGUAGCCAUGCUGUUUCCGCAUGUUUUCUGGAGCACUGACCUUGAUACAUUUGGGCAUCUGGUUGAAGAUCCAAGGCGACGUGGGGAGUUCUUUCUGUUCUAUAGCUAUGCGACAGUGGCUGGUGGCCCAUUGUUGAUGGCCUUGGUUGCUGGUGAAGCUGCUCACAAUUUUGAAACCACACCGCCAACUGAUGCUGUCAGCUCAGUUCUUCAGAUACUAAGAGGUAUCUAUGAACCACAAGGGAUUGAGGUUCCAGAUCCUCUACAGAGUGUUUGCACUAGAUGGGGCACUGACUCCUUCAGUCUAGGUUCAUAUUCUCAUGUUGCUGUCGGAGCAUCUGGAGAUGACUAUGACAUAUUAGCCGAAAGUGUUGGUGAUGGGCGUCUUUUCUUUGCUGGCGAGGCUACCACGAGACGUUACCCAGCAACAAUGCAUGGUGCUUUUAUCAGUGGUUUGCGGGAGGCUGCUAACAUCACACUCCAUGCCAAUGCCCGAGUAGCAAAGACUAAAGUGGAUAGAAGCUCGUCAACAAACACACAGGCUUGUGCUACUAUACUAACGGACUUGUUUAGGCAACCAGAUUUGGAGUUUGGGAGCUUCUCUGUUAUUUUCGGAGGAAAAGCUUCUGACCCAAAAUCCCCAGCUAUUCUAAAGGUGGAAUUAGGUGGCCAGCGAAAGAAGAAUGCAACUGAAGGUGCAAAGACAGAACAGAACCACUCAAACAAAUUGUUGUUCCAGCAGCUCCAGUCACAUUUUAACCAGCAACAGCAACUUUAUGUUUACACAUUGCUAUCACGACAGCAAGCUAUGGAGUUAAGAGAAGUUAGAGGAGGUGAUGACAUGAGGUUGCAUUACCUCUGUGAAAAAAUUGGGGUGAAAUUAGUUGGCAGGAAAGGCCUUGGUCCUGGGGCAGAUGCAGUGAUUGCAUCCAUUAAGGCGGAACGUAACAGGAGUCGAGCUAAACCUGGCCCCUCAAAGCUGAAGAAAUCAAUGAAGCCUAAUGUUGUUGCGUCAUGAUCACUGACUGCUGAUUUCUUGUGGGGCCUGACUGCCUAUAGUUGAUAACUUGAUAUCUACCAGGCAACGAAUGUGUUCAUUUGGAUGGAGCAUCCGCUCCUGCUGAAUUUGUCUCAAGCCAACUUGCAUAGAAUAUUUGGCAAUUGCUUUAGGUUAAAGUUAUUUUGAAUGAGACCUCCUAGAUUCCAGUGAUUUUCCUUUUUUUUUUCAGAGAGGCUGUUGUGAUGUUGCAUCUGAAAUCUGGGGAUUCUGCAAAGCUUAUUUGCUUGUGGUGCAACCUCUAAUUCUUGAAGAAGCUUGUAUGUGGAUGUCCUUUUGUAAUCUCAAAUUGGAAGAGCAAUGUAGAUGGUGCACAUGGUUUUUAGAAAAAUGGAUGAGAAAUGUGACUCUUCUUGGAAUUUUUGCCCCUAUAUUUUUCUCCAUGCUCAAAUGAGAUACCAUGGAAACAAUUAGUUGAGGCCGUUUCUUCCUUGUA